UGAAGAUUAGAAGAGCCAACCACCUACCUAUGCCAUUUUGAUCGUGAUAUCGUGUCUGGAAGAGUAGAAUCCGAGAUGGCGAGCGCGAGCACUCUACUCUCACAUCUGCAGCUCAACUACUGCUGCUGUAACCGUCAGGAUUUCAAUGGAAAACAACGAACUUCUAUGCAAAUCUACAGUGGUAGAGCUGGGUUUCGAAUUUCGGAUAGUCUCCGCCGUAAAAAUUUUGGUCGUGUGGUUUGCUUUGCUGUUGAUGAUGUGAAAACACAGCAGGAAACGCAGUUGGGUGGUGUUGGCUCAGCUGUUCAAGAAAGGCCAGUUGCAAUUUCAGAUCUGACAGAUAAUUCAAGAGAAGAAAUUAUACAAAAUGACAGUCAAGAUAAGGGUGAAAGUGCUCUUUAUAAUUUUCUUUAUCCUAAUAAUGAGCUUCUCCCAGAUGAUAAGGAGAUGAGUAUAUUUGAUCAUCUAGAGGAGCUACGCCAGAGAAUUUUUGUGUCAGUUCUGGCUGUUGGAGCAGCUAUCUUGGGGUGCUUUGCAUUUUCUAAAGAAUUGGUUAUACUUCUUGAAGCUCCUGUGAAAUCCCAGGGGGUUCGCUUUCUUCAGCUAGCUCCUGGAGAGUUUUUCUUUACAACUUUGAAGGUAUCUGGAUACUGUGGGCUUCUUUUAGGAAGUCCAGUCAUUCUCUAUGAGAUUAUAGCAUUUGUUGUUCCAGGUCUAACAAAAGCAGAGAGAAGGUUCUUGGGGCCUAUUGUUCUAGGCUCAUCGAUACUUUUCUAUGCUGGUGUCGUCUUCUCCUACUUGGUUCUCACUCCAGCGGCCUUGAAUUUCUUUGUCAACUAUGCCGAAGGGGCAGUGGAGUCUCUGUGGUCCAUUGAUCAGUACUUUGAGUUCGUGCUUGUGCUCAUGUUCAGCACAGGCCUGUCUUUCCAGGUUCCCGUUGUACAACUGCUACUAGGACAAGUUGGUCUAGUAACAGGAGACCAAAUGCUGUCCAUUUGGAGAUAUGUUGUGGUUGGGGCCGUUGUCGCUGCUGCCGUGCUUACACCGUCAACUGACCCUUUAACACAAGUGCUUUUGGCUGGGCCUCUGCUGGGUCUCUACUUGGGAGGUGCAUGGAUGGUAAAGUUUAUCAGUCGUUAAUUGUUGCCUAUUUGUAGGCUCGUGGCGGCAUAGAACAUUGAUUUUAUUUGGCAACUACCUGGAAAACAUGGAUUUCACAUCAAAUCACCCAAGAGGAUUUAUGUUAAAACACCCAAGGAA